CUUCUCUUCGUCCUGCUGCGAUGCCUUUGAGAAUUGGAUAUGUCCGCGAACACUUCUCCUCUCCACUCCUUCAAUUCGCCGAAGCAGACGAAGGUCGUACAAUCGCGUUGGUUGAAUGCCCUAGUGGAACUGGACAACUGAUCUCUCGUCUCACGAAAGAUGAAAUCGAUGUUGCUAUCGCUCUCACCGACCCCCUCAUUUCUGGCAUUGCAAAUGGUUCUGAGGCAUAUAAACUUGUUGGAAGUUAUGUGACCACACCACUCAACUGGGCCGUAAUUACAGGGAAGGACUCGAAGUACGAGAAGAUUAGUGAUCUCAAAGAUUCUAUAAUAGGCAUAUCCAGGCUGGGCAGCGGAAGCCAAACAAUGGCCUAUGUCAUGGGAUUUCAGCAAGGUUGGCCUUCGGAGAGCAUGAAUUUCCAAGUAAAUAACGAUAUACGGGGUCUCAUCGACUCUGUCAAUGAUCAUUCGACCGCCGCGUUCAUGUGGGAGUGGUUUACUACUAAGCCCUGGCUUGAUUCGGGUGAAGUCCGCUUCAUUGGCUCGGUUCCUACACCUUGGCCUUCCUGGCUCGUGGCGGCUCAACCUUCCGUCAACACAGAAGCCUUGAAGCAGUUUUUGACAACAUUGUCAAGCUAUGUUCGCUCUUUUGACUCAGCUGAGAGUCGAGCGACGAAGAACGUGAACUUUAUCAAGUCUCGGUUCGGGUAUGGCGAGGAAGACAUUGAGGCAUGGAUGAAAACUGUAGGUUAUCCUCAAGAUUGUCUCACUAUUCCUAAGGACGUCCUUAUGAAUACUCUGAGUGUUCUUGAAAAUGCUGGAGUCGUCAAAUCACCAGAGGGUGGAUUCACUGUUGAAAGAUUCAUCGAUCCGAAGGUGGUGAAGUUGGCGUGACUGGAAUACUUUCAAGAGAAGAAAA